ACAGAGCAAUCAGGAAAUACCUCUCACUCCUGCAUCUAAGGUUGCCAAGUAACCAGAGGGCUCGGCUGCAGCCAUGUGUAUAUAUAUUUCUAACAGCUUCUUACAGAAGACAUUCCAGCUCUGCAUAGAAACAAACCAUCAAGCGCAAUUUCACAGCACAAUGGGUAUUCUCCUGAGCACACUUCAUCAAGCUCUUAUGAACUUUUCUGGCACCAAAGCCCGAAUCCUUCUACUUGGUCUGGAUGCAGCUGGGAAGACCACAAUCCUCUAUAAGCUCAAGCUGAAUGAGACUGUCUGUACAUUACCCACAAUUGGAUUCAAUGUUGAGACAGUGGAGCCGAUCCGUAAUGUGACAUUUACUGUCUGGGAUGUGGGAGGCCAGGAGAAGAUCAGAGCCCUAUGGAAGCAUUAUUAUGUCAACACAGAUGGUCUAGUAUUUGUAGUUGACAGUGCUGACUGGGAGAGAUUUCCUGAGGCAAGAAAAGAGCUGGAAGCCAUCCUGGAAAGUGAUGAGAUGAGAGGAGUCCCAUUUUUGGUGAUAGCCAAUAAGCAGGACCUUCCUGGAGCCAGGAGACCAAUGGAACUGGCAGAAGAGCUUGGACUAAGGAAGAUUCAAGGACACCAGUGGCAUGUCCAGGGAUGCUGUGCAACUAAUGGGGAUGGACUUGUAGAGGGUUUAGAAGUUCUCACUAACCUGGUAAAACAAUUCCAAAAGUCCAAGUCAUUCUGAACACAGAGACCUCAGAGAUUACCACAUUUUUAAGAGAUUAACAUAAUUUUCAUUGAUUUUGAUCAAACUUUAAUUGACUUCAGUCUCCUUUUGCCUUGCUAGAAAAUGAAAACUUGAAUGUACUUUUACUCCAUAACCUUAAAAAGUCAAUGAAAACAUCUUGGGAAAAAAUAAUAAAAAUGUUAAUUUUUGUGAAGAAAA